GUUGAAAGCUUUCGUCGAGAAGCACAACAAACUUGUGGCAAUAAUACAAUGUCAGCACAAAGGCUUGCUUCAGUUACGAAAAACGGCGUCGGUGCCUACGUCUUGCAAUGCAGAAAGAUGGUUUUCAACUACUGCGAAAACUGGGGUAGCAACAAGGGAAUGAUCAACUACCUCAAGAAAGACAUUGUCGAGUUUGCCAAGGCUAACCCUCAGAUUGAGGUUGUUGUUGAGCAAAGACCAGCGCAUCACCCUGUCAUUCGAGGAGAAUACUUGAAUGGACGUGAAAAGGUUAUUUGCGUACGAAAUAUGGCUCCAUUUGAGAUUAAGCAGAAAGUUCAGCUUCUCAAGGAUUCAAGCGGUGCUAAAAUGAAGAACUUGACCAAGCGACCUGUCCUUUCUACCACAGAGAGUGUCCGAGGCAUUUGGUCUCCAUUCCACACCAACCCCCACAAAAUCUAGAUGGAUAUCUCAACAUUAUAUAUAAUGGGAGUUAUAUCUUACAACCUUCUAUUGCAACCUCUCACCCUUCAAAAUUCAUGUUCAUUCCUCAGAGCUUGAAGCACAUGUACCAUAACAAAUAGAAAUAUAGUCUUUUUUUAAACCUC